AUGUGUAUGGCAGAUGAUUCCUUCGGUCGCCGUAUUCCUUUUAUUUUCCUCCAAGAUUUAAAGGAAAAGUUCUUGACAACCUAUGGUAAAAGCCGAGCCUUUGAGGCACCCCCUUAUGGAUUAAAUGAGUUUUCUCGUGUGAUUGAAAAGCAAAUGGAAUACUUUUCAACAAAUCCUAGUGCAGAUCGUUUGAAGCAGGUCCAUGGUGAAAUUGAACAAGUAAAAGAUGUCAUGGUUCAUAAUAUUGAGCGAGUGUUGGAAAGAGGUGAACGUAUUGAGUUGUUAGUUGAUAAGACCGAUAACUUGAAUCAACAAGCAUUUGCUUUUAAAAAGAGAAGUACUCAAUUGAAACGUGCAAUGUGGUGGAAGAACAGCAAGAUCAUGGCCAUGAUUGUCUUGGUCUGCUUCGUAAGUCGCAUGUUUAUUUUAUCGCCAAGUAUAACUCAUCUUCUUUCUCUGUUUAUGUUAGUUGAUUGCAUAUUUUGUUGCAGCUUCCGUAUGCGGUUUCCCUAG